GAAGUAAAUCCAACGUAAACUAACCUAAGUCAGGUGAGGAACCUCUCCUCCUCUACCAAGUCUUAGGGUGGAGGAAGUGAAUCCAACGUAAACUAACAUAAUACAAUGGGAGGGGGAACGAUGAUGUAACCCAACGUAAACUAACCUAAGAAGAACCCCUCCUCCUCCUCCAAGUCUUAUGAGAGAAGGGUAAUGUAACUUAAGGUAAACAAACCUAUAGGAGGAGGGGGAAUGAAACACGACGUAAACUAACACAACCUGUCACGCGCCUAAAUUAUGCUCGCCCAUAUAUACAUAAUAUCGGUUUUUUGACAAAAAAAAAAAAAAUGCAUUUUCCAGGUAAGCUAUACGGUUACGGUGAAAAGUACAAUUUUUAAACGUCGAAUCCGCUAUUUUGAUAUGCCACAUGCAUAUAUUUAGAUAAAGUCCAUACGUAAAAUGUUAAUUUUACCUAAUUUGUGAAAAAAAAAAAAAUUAGUUCGAAACAUUGUGUGCCAGAUGGCUGUAUUGAUGAUUACACUAUAGCACUUGAGAUUAAUACACCAGAUGGCCCAACGCGGCGGCGACGGCGUCGGCGAUGUCGCCGUCAAUUAGAUUAAUUGUUAUUAUACGAGUUAAUAAGCUUGACCGUUAUUCGUAUAGUGAAUAAUAAAUCAAUAUUUUUUUUUUGUAGACAAUAUAUACUAAUGGCGACUUUUCAAGUUUUCUUAUAGCAAAACACAUUCUUAAAUAAACACUACCGCCGCCGCCGCCGACGACGACGACGUAAUCACUGGAACAUAUAUAUUAUAAUGUUUAUAAUAUUAUUAUAAUCUGUAUUAUACUUAUCGAUUAAUGUCGUACAUAUAUAUUUUGUCUGAAUUAUUACUGGUAUCCCCCCCAUUGUUAUAAAUUAUUACCGUAUUUAACAACUGUAAUAAAUUAUUUUUAAUAAAAUAAUAGCUUCGACUGGAAGGAUUGCAUUCUUCAUCCGUCAACGCAUUAGAGACGGCAGACGGUCAUAAUUUUUACAAAGGCAUCUGUUUUAAAUCCUAAUGACAUAUAUGUGUAAACAUUUCACUUUAAGACUGAAUGUUUUCACGCCAUUACAAAUGACAAAUUUACAAAUUUAUCAAUUAAUUGUCUUGGGUGACGUUUAUAAAAAUGUAACAAGUGCUGUAUAACAUGUAGAAACCUGAAUAUUUUUUCUCAGACCACUUGAUAUACUUUGGUCAUUAUGCUCGCGAUAUACGAUGUACUUGUGCGAUUAAUGACCGCGCACCACCAUCACUGAUGCAGCGGAUAAUACAGUAACAAUCCGUAUUUAUAAAGACAUCAAUAAUGAUUAUAUUCACUCUUUGACUAAGCGUUAUUAGCGGCUCGCUAACAUAUUGCUUAAAAAUAUUCAGUUAAACGUAUACAAGUACUAGUAUUUAUUUAUUUAUUUAUUUUUUUUUUAAUUUAAAAUUGAAUAACAAUGGCUGAUGUACAUUUUACUGGUGCUGCACAAGGUAAGUUUUUUUGUUUGUAUAUUUCGAUAUUUUCGACGUACAAAUUGUUUUUACACAUUUUUUCACAGCCACCUCUUCCACGACUGUUCCAAACCACCAUUCGGUUAAACGUAGGGCUAACAACAGUAGGGUAAAAUCCAAAAGGUUGCGUAUACAAUUGCCGGACGCGAAAAAUUUCAUCGAGAUUGAUUCCGCAUUGAAGCGAGGAGCCGUUUGGUUUUAUCGGAAAAACGUGGAAAAUUUCGCGAGCUAUCGAGAUUUUCUGCGCGCCGUUAAACCCGAGCUGGUUGCCAAACUCGGUGAAAUCACAGCUGUUCGGUCUAUUAAAUAUAAUCUCAAAUUGGAGGCCUCUUACCAUAUACCGCGAUCGGAAGCACCGCCCGAGGACCGUGCCUUCAAGACACGGGCUAGGGCGUUGUUCUCUGACACGGAUAUUGUAGGUGCGGUCAAUGAUGAUUUAGAGAUUAUUCUCGCUGAGGAAGACGUGUACUCGGGUAGGGGUAGCGGAUUCACGCUAGCGCAUAUCGACGGACUCAUGCUCAGCGUAUACAAGUAUACGCCCCUCACCGGCUCAUCAUAUAUUCCGGUCCCACCUGAAAUUUUCCAUAGAAAGGCAAUCAUCAACCCACAGAAUAAAAAAGACGAGUGCUGUUUCAAGUGGGCCAUUUUGGCGAGACAUGUUAAGGCUCAUGAUAAAUCUUUCGUCGGUAAACAAUAUUUUGACGAGGAACACAGGUAUGAUUUCACGGAGUUGACGUUCCCCACACCAGUGUCCCAAAUUAAAAUAUUUGAACGACGUAACCCCAACGUGUCCGUCAACGUGUACGGCUUGGAACGGGACAAUGUUAAUAUGAAGUGGUCGGUGUAUCCGCUAAGAGUCGCCGACCAAGAGCAACAAAAUCAUUUUGACCUGUUGUAUAUCGGUGACUCUGACAAGUAUCAUUACGCGUACAUUUCAAAUUUUUCGAGGCUCGUGCGCAGCCAAAAAACGCAACAUCAUGGCCGUAUAUAUACUUGCAGACGUUGCUUCACCAGCUUUGAUGAUCAGUCUAAAAAGAAUAUUCUUCGAGGUCAUCAAGCGUUGGAGCAACACAAGUUGAUAUGCGGCAAGAACAAGCCUAUUUUACCCGUAAUGCCGGCGGAGGGCAGUAAGGUCGAAUUUGACGCGUGGGUAAAGACGCAACGGCUACCGUUUGUCAUCUACGCCGAUUUUGAGGCCUUGCUGGAGCAAACAGACGAUCGUAUAGGUACCUAUACUAGGACUGUGCACACACACCAUCCCAUGAGCUACGGGUUCAUGGUGAAAACAUCGAACGAUGUGCCCUCGGAGCUCCUCGAACGCUACGGUAUACCGCAAUCACCGGUGAUAUACCGUGGGUCUGAGGAUUGCGAAGAGGUCGCCAAGGCAUUUGUGAUGGCUGUAACGGAAGUGACGCGCAACAUUUCCAAAUUGUUGCGUAAAACUAACGUCCCCAUUCGAAUGUCUGUCGAUGAUGUGCGCAGGCACGGGGAGAAAGUGGUAUGCGACUUGUGCCGCACGGCAUUCAAGGAUUCCAACCCCAAAGUCGCAGACCACUGCCAUCUAUCAGGCCGAUUCAGACAGACGUUGUGCAAUGCGUGUAACCUAAAAGUGAAGACGGUCAAUUUUGUGCCGUGCUUCUUGCACAAUCUUUCGGGUUACGACGCGCAUUUCAUCGUCACUGAAUUGGGGUACGACGACCAUAGGAUUUCGGUUAUACCGAAUUCCGAGGAGAAGUAUAUUUCGGUCACGAAACACGUGACCAAUAACUUCUCCAUACGGUUUGUCGACACCUUCCGAUUCAUGGCCUCCUCCCUGUCCACCUUGGCCGGUAACCUAAUGACGCCCUAUUUCGUUAAAUUCCGAGAGACGGCCCAGGUGUUCCGCCCGGAAGACAUGCCGUUGGUAACGCAUAAGGGCGUAUACCCUUACGAGUACACUGAUAGUUGGGCUAAAUUGGACGAAACGGUACUACCACCCCGCGACGCUUUCUAUAGUCAGUUGAAUGAGUCGAAUAUCGAUGACGACGACUAUAGACACGCCACAGAGGUGUGGAAUCGUUUCGGUUGCUCAACCCUCGGUGAGUACAGUGACCUAUACCUAAAGAUUGACGUGCUGUUGUUGGCCGACGUGUUUGAGAACUUUCGCGACAUCUGUACUACAACAUACAAUUUGGACCCGGCGCACUAUUAUACCGCACCGGGUUUUAGCUUCGAUUGUAUGUUAAAGUACACCAGGGUAAAGCUGGAGCUCUUAAACGACUACGACAUGCUACUGAUGGUGGAACAGGGCAUUCGUGGUAGGCUGGUGCAGGCCGUCAAGCACUAUGCCAAGGCCAACAAUCCAAAGACACCUGGCUACGAUCCGACAAAACCAAACUCAUGGAUCGUGUAUCAAGAUUGCAAUAACCUUUACGGGUGGGCUAUGAGUCAGCCCAUGCCGUACGGUGGCUUCCGGUGGUAUGAAGGAUCAGAUCCUCUGGCCGACCUCCAAUUGCUUUCGGACACUGGUAAUAUGGGGCGUAUAUAUGAAAUAGAUGUAUCGUAUCCAGAAGGGCUGCAUGACGAGCACAACGAUUUGCCGUUCUUGCCUGUCAACGAUGUACCACCGGGUUCCAAAGAGACCAAACUCAUGGCCACUUUGAAACCCAAACAACGGUACGUCGUACACUAUGUCAACUUGAAACAGGCGAUCGCACACGGACUGCAAGUCGAUAAAGUGCACCGCGUUUUAGAGUUUCAACAAAGUGCUUGGUUGAAACCGUACAUUGAGUUGAACACUGAAAUGCGGAAACAGGCGGCAAAUGCUUUUGAAAUAUCGUUUUUCAAACUAAUGAAUAAUGCCGUCUUUGGGAAAACCAUGGAGAACAUGCGGAAACGCAUCCGCAUUGAACUAAUCUCCAGUCCCGAACGUCUAAGCAAGCUCGUAAACCAACCAACCUUCAACGACUGUAUUAAAUACGGCGAAAGGUUGUGCGCCGUCAUAAUGGAUACAAAGAUUGUCAAGUUUCUCAAACUAAUAUACGUCGGUUUAGCAGUGCUUGACAUUAGCAAGUCGCUAAUGUACAAGUACUUCUACGACGUAUUAAACCCUCAUUAUGGCGAUGCAAUUAGCCUGGUUUACAUGGAUACUGCAAGAAAUGGCUCCCGUUAG